ACUUCUUCCGCCCCUGUUUCGGGGCAUAAGAAACCCUGCAGCGAAGCCUCCUUCUUUUUCCCGGCGGCUGCCGAAGAUGGCGGAGGGGCAGGUCCUGGUGCUGGAUGGCCGCGGCCACCUCCUGGGCCGCCUGGCGGCCAUCGUGGCCAAGCAGGUGCUGCUGGGCCGCAAGGUGGUUGUCGUGCGCUGUGAGGGCAUUAACAUCUCUGGCAAUUUCUACAGAAAUAAGCUGAAGUACCUGGCCUUCCUGCGCAAGCGAAUGAACACCAACCCCUCCCGGGGACCCUACCACUUCCGGGCCCCCAGCCGCAUCUUCUGGCGGACGGUGCGAGGCAUGCUCCCCCACAAGACCAAGCGGGGUCAGGCCGCCCUGGAGCGCCUAAAGGUGUUUGAUGGCAUCCCACCACCCUACGACAAGAAAAAGCGGAUGGUGGUGCCUGCAGCCCUCAAGGUUGUGCGCCUGAAGCCCACGAGGAAGUUUGCUUACCUGGGACGCCUGGCUCACGAGGUUGGCUGGAAGUACCAGGCGGUGACGGCCACGCUGGAGGAGAAGCGGAAGGAGAAGGCCAAGAUGCAUUACCGCAAGAAGAAGCAGCUGAUGAGGCUACGGAAACAGGCCGAAAAGAACGUGGAGAAGAAGAUCAACAAGUUCACAGAGGUCCUCAAGACCCACGGCCUCCUGGUCUGAGUCCAAUAAAGACUUUGUUGCUCAC